AUGAUCUUAGCUUUUGAUGAGACAAAGCUUGGUGUGAAAGGACUUGUUGAUGAAGGCAUUACCAAGAUCCCUUGCAUAUUCCAUCACCCCCGUGAUAAUUUCAAAAGGGUCUCAGAAUCAGGGCAUAAAGAUUACACUAUUCCUAUUAUUGACCUUGGAAGGAUCCAUGGAGAUGGUGGUGAACGGAAAAGGGUGGUUGAGAGAGUGAAAGAAGCAUCACAGACAUGGGGUUUCUUUCAUAUUGUGAAUCAUGGCAUCCCAGUGAACACUCUGGAGGAGAUGUUAGAUGGGGUGGUAAGAUUUUUUGAGCAAGAUAGUGAGGUCAAGAAGAAAUUUUAUACUCGUGAUAAGAAACCUUUUAUCUUCAACAGCAAUUUCAAUCUAUAUUCCAAUGCUCCAGCUAAUUGGAAAGACACUUUCAUCUGUGACCUUACUACUCAUCUCCCUACACUAGGACACUUGCCAUCUGUAUGCAGGGACAUUAUUGUGGAAUACACAAAUCAAGUGUCAAAACUGGGAACUUUACUGUUUGAACUGUUAUCAGAAGCUCUUGGUUUGGAUCCAAGUUACUUAGCUGAUAUUGGCUGCAAUGGGGGGAUGUAUGUUGUUAGCCAUUACUAUCCACCCUGUCCUGAACCAUAA